AUUUUCAACGAAAAACAACUCUGACAAUGCGCAUCUCUCUUGCUACCGCUUUCGCUAUCCUCGCUGCUACUGCCGCUGCCAACCAGGCUGGUCCUGCUGACAGCGACAUCUCGACUCCUUUCAAAAACCAGUCUGCUGGUAUCAUCGAGCCUGUCAUCGAGACUACUGACGAGAUUGACGAGAUUGACGACUUUGAGGAGGAUGGAAACCAGCGCGGCUUUGGAGGGUUUGGCAGGGGUCUUGGCAAGCUCGGUGGAGAGGUUGGUUCCGAUAUUUUCGGAGAUCUCCUUGGCUCAUUGCUGCAGGGUGGCUUCAACCAGCGUGGUGGUCGUGGUCGCGGCAGCGGUCGCGGAAAGGACUUCCUGAGCGACCUGGGUGUUGAACUGAUUGGCACUGGUGUCGGUGCUGGUCUGGAUGCUGCCAUUUACAACCAGCGCGGCGGCCGUGGUCGCGGCAGCGGUCGUGGAAAGGACUUCCUGAGCGAUCUCGGUGUCGAGCUGAUUGGCACUGGUGUCGGUGCUGGUAUUGAUGCUGCCAUCUACAACCAGCGUGGCGGUCGUGGUCGCGGCAGCGGUCGCGGCAAGGACUUCCUGAGCGACCUUGGUGUUGAGCUGAUUGGCACUGGUGUUGGUGCUGGACUUGAUGCCGCUAUCUACAACCAGCGUGGCGGUCGUGGCCGCGGCAGCGGUCGCGGCAAGGACUUCCUGAGCGACCUUGGUGUUGAGCUGAUUGGCACUGGUGUUGGUGCUGGACUUGAUGCCGCUAUCUACAACCAGCGCGGUGGUCGUGGUCGCGGCAGCGGUCGCGGCAAGGACUUCCUGAGCGACCUUGGUGUCGAGCUGAUUGGUACUGGUGUCGGUGCCGGUAUUGAUGCUGCCAUUUACAACCAGCGCGGCGGCCGUGGUCGCGGCAGCGGUCGUGGAAAGGAUUUCCUCAGCGACCUGGGUGUCGAGCUGAUCGGCACUGGUGUCGGUGCCGGUCUGGAUGCCGCUAUCUACAACCAGCGCGGUGGUCGUGGUCGCGGUAGCGGUCGCGGCAAGGACUUCCUCAGCGACCUGGGUGUCGAGCUGAUCGGCACUGGUGUCGGUGCUGGUCUGGAUGCUGCUAUCUACAACAACCAGCGCAGCUUCGAGUAUGACGACGCGGACUUUGAGGAGGAUGACAACCAGCGCAGCCGCAAGGGUGGUCGCCGCCCUCAUCUCAGCGACCGCACCAAGGACUUCCUGGGUGAUUUGGGUGUCGAGGUUAUUGGCACUGGUGUCGGCGCUGGCCUUGAUGCUGCCAUCUACAACUAGAGUGGCUGCUGUUUUAAG